AUCAAAUUCCUCUAAACACUACAAAACCCAAAAUCUUUACUUUCUCCUAGCAACACUUAAGUGUUUCAAUCUUUGACGGGAUGGAAUCAAUGGAGAACGUUUUCGGACCAAGAAUGGAAGAUCAGCAGCUUGACUUGCCACCUGGUUUUCAAUUUCAUCCAACAGAUGAAGACCUCAUAAAUUGCUACCUCAUGAAGAAGGUUGCUGACAGCAGCUUCUCUGCUCUAGCAAUUGCUGAAGUUGAUAUGAACAAGUUUGAACCAUGGGAUUUGCCUGGGUUGGCUAAAAUAGGUGAAACAGAAUGGUACUUUUUCUGUGUAAGAGACCGAAAUAGGGCCACUGAAGCUGGUUACUGGAAGGCCACAGGCAAAGACAAGGAGAUAAUCUCCGAAGAAGAACUGAUUGGGAUGAGGAAAACCUUGGUUUUCUAUGAGGGAAGAGCUCCAAGAGGCGAAAAGACAAACUGGAUCAUGCAUGAAUACAGAUUGAAUGGGAUAUCUUCUGAAUAUUAUGUAACCAAAUCUGGACAGGGGGAAUGGGUUAUCUGCAAGGUCUUUGAGAAAACUCCUACUGGAAAGAAUGCAUGUUCCUAA